AUGCUGCUGUCGGAGUCGUGCGUGCCGCUGCAUGGCCCGGACGUCGUGUACCUCCAGCUCAUGUCUGAGACGAAGAGCAGGCUGCAAGCGUGCAUUCCGGACAACACAAGGCAUAAUAAAAGGUGGCAGGCACUCAUAACGACGCCCCACCUGUCCGUCCGGCAUUUCAGAAAGAGCUCCCAGUGGAAGGUGCUCAGUCGGAGUCACGCUGAGCUGGUGGUCGCAGACCGGCAUGUGAAGGAAAUGUUCCGACGGCAUUGCUAUAUCUUCAACAGCACGCAGUGCUUUGUCGACGAGCACUAUAUCCCCACCCUCAUCAGCUCUUACGGCCUGGACAAUGAGACCGAUUGCAUUGGGCGCCCGACGUACGCUGAUAUGUAUGGAGGACAGCACCCACGGAGAAUCCUCCCAAAGCAAGUGAAUACGACGCUUGUGAAGAAGAUGCAAGGAGCCAGCGAGAGUUUCUGCGACGUUCCUCGAGCUAGGGUGUCGGCAUUGAAGCUGCUCACUGGCCUGAACACCACGGGCUGUGCUCGAGGUCCUGAGGAAGCUGUAAUUGCGGAUGCUCCACAGUUGAAUCAGAGGGAAAUGGAGCAAUCUGAUAAUUGGGUGGUGCAACGCGGAUACCGUCCUCUGAGUUACAGGUGCCCACUGUUCGGGAGGAAAUUUGUACCACAGGCGCUGAAAGCCACGUUGAGAGCACUGCUGUCCUGCCAGGGAGCGGCGUUGGGGUCUUGGUGCUAG